GCGGAGGCUCCUGGGCUGCGGCUCGCCGGGAACGGAAGCCGCUGCGGGACGCGGAGGAAGCCAGGAUGGCGACUCCGAGUGGGAAAGCUGCUGCCCCUAACCCCCAGGCUUCCAAGAGGUCUCUCCCGAGAGAUGCUUCCUCCGAGUUCCCGAGCAAGAGAAAGAACUCGAACCCGACGUCGACGCUGCCGCGGCCGUCCGGACUCUUCGUGGAGGGCUCAAUCGUCCGCAUCGCCAUGGAGAACUUCUUAACAUAUGACAUCUGUGAAGUGUCUCCUGGGCCCCAUCUGAAUAUGAUUAUUGGAGCCAAUGGAACAGGGAAGUCAAGCAUAGUGUGUGCCAUUUGCCUUGGCCUAGCAGGCAAGCCUGCUUUCAUGGGGCGUGCAGAUAAGGUUGGGUUUUUCGUGAAGAGAGGAUGUUCCAAAGGUUUGGUUGAAAUUGAACUGUUCAGGACUUCUGGAAAUCUUAUAAUCACCCGUGAAAUUGAUGUGAUAAAAAAUCAGUCCUUUUGGUUCAUCAACAAAAAACCUGUAACCCAGAAGAUAGUGGAAGAGCAAGUCGCGGCCUUGAACAUCCAAGUGGGCAACCUCUGCCAGUUCUUGCCUCAGGACAAAGUUGGAGAAUUUGCUAAACUCAGUAAAAUUGAACUCCUCGAAGCUACUGAGAAGUCAAUUGGUCCUCCAGAGAUGCACAGAUACCACUGUGAACUCAAGAACUUCAGGGAGAAGGAGAAGCAGCUAGAGACUUCUUGCAAAGAGAAAACUGAAUACCUAGACAAAAUGAUUCAGAGAAAUGAAAGGUACAAACAAGAUGUAGAAAGAUUCUAUGAACGAAAACGACAUUUAGAUUUAAUUGAGAUGCUUGAGGCAAAAAGACCAUGGGUGGAAUAUGAGAAUGUGCGUCAGGAAUAUGAAGGUGUGAAACUAGUCCGUGACCGAGUGAAGGAAGAGGUCAGAAAACUCAAAGAAGGGCAGAUUCCUAUGACACGGCGGAUUGAGGAAAUUGAAAGGCAGCGUCGCACUUUGGAAGUUCGAAUCAAAGAAAAGGCAACUGAUAUUAAGGAAGCGUCUCAGAAAUGCAAACAAAGGCAGGACUUGAUUGAGCGGAAGGACAGACAUAUUAAGGAACUUCAGCAAGCAUUAACAGUCAAGCAGAAUGAGGAGCAGGACCGGCAGAAGAGAAUAAGUAACACCCGCAAGAUGAUAGAAGACUUGCAGAAUGAGCUCAGGACUGCAGAAAACUGCGAGAACCUUCAGCCUCAGAUUGAUGCCAUCACAAAUGAUCUAAGGCGUGUUCAAGAGGAGAAGGCAUUAUGUGAAGGCGAGAUCAUUGAUAAACAGAGAGAAAAGGAAAUGCUGGAGAAGCAGAAACGGAGUGUGAGUGAUCAUAUCACACGUUUUGACAAUCUUAUGAAUCAGAAGGAAGAUAAGCUGAGACAGAGGUACCGGGAUACGUACGAUGCAGUCUUGUGGCUGAGAAAUAACAGAGACAGGUUUAAACAAAGAGUCUGUGAGCCCAUAAUGCUCACGGUUCGUGACAAUAAGAAGUUGAGAGUAAAUGCUGUUAUUGCUCCCAAGAUUUCAUAUGCAGACAAAGCACCUUCACGAUCUCUGAAUGAGUUAAAACAGUAUGGCUUUUUUUCAUACCUUCGAGAGUUAUUUGAUGCACCCGAUCCUGUGAUGAGUUACCUUUGCUGCCAAUAUCAUAUUCAUGAAGUUCCUGUGGGAACUGAAAGGACCCGAGAAAGAAUUGAACGGGUAAUACAAGAAACUCGAUUAAAACAGAUUUAUACAGCAGAAGAAAAGUAUGUGUUAAAAACUUCUUUCUAUUCCAAUAAAGUUAUCUCUAGUAAUACAUCUCUGAAAGUAGCCCAGUUCCUCACUGUCACUGUGGACCUAGAGCAAAGGAGACACUUGGAAGAACAGCUAAAGGAAAUUAAUAGAAAGCUGGAAGCAGUGGACUCAGGAUUGGUAGCCUUGCGGGAUACAAACAGGCAUCUCGAGCUCAAAGACAAUGAGCUAAGGCUGAAGAAGAAGGAGCUUCUUGAAAGAAAAACCAAGAAAAGACAACUGGAACAGAAAAUUAGCUCCAAGCUGGCAAGUAUAAGGCUGAUGGAACAGGAUACUUGCAAUCUGGAAGAGGAAGAACGAAAAGCAAGUACCAAAAUAAAAGAAAUAAAUGUUCAAAAAGCAAAACUUGUUACUGAAUUAACGGGCCUUGUAAAGAUAUGCACUUCUUUGCAUAUUCAAAAAGUUGAUUUGAUUCUUCAAAAUACUACAGUGAUCUCUGAGAAGAACAAGUUAGAAGCAGAUUACAUGGCGUCCUCCUCACAGCUGCGUGUCACAGAACAACAGUUUAUUGAAUUGGAUGACAAUAGGCAGAGAUUGUUACAGAAGUGCAAGGAACUUAUGAAGAGAGCUAGGCAAGUAUGUAACCUGAGUGCAGACCAAGCCGUUCCCCAAGAAUUUCAGACACAAGUACCCACCAUUCCAAAUGGACACAGCUCCUCACCCCCCAUGGCUUUUCAAGAUCUCCCAAACACAUUGGAUGAAAUCGAUGCAUUAUUAACUGAAGAAAGAUCAAGAGCGUCCUGCUUCACAGGACUGAAUCCUUCGGUGGUUGAGGAGUACACAAAAAGAGAAAUAGAAAUACAGCAGUUAACUGAAGAACUAAAGGGGAAGAAAGUUGAAUUAGAUGAAUACAGGGAAAACAUUUCGCAGGUGAAAGAAAGGUGGCUGAACCCCUUAAAAGAGCUAGUAGAGAAAAUCAAUGAGAAGUUCAGCAACUUUUUUAGUUCCAUGCAGUGUGCUGGUGAAGUUGAUCUUCAUACAGAAAAUGAGGAAGAUUAUGAUAAAUAUGGAAUCCGGAUUAGAGUAAAAUUUCGCAGUAGUACUCAGCUGCAUGAAUUAACUCCUCAUCAUCAAAGUGGCGGUGAAAGAAGUGUUUCUACCAUGCUGUACUUGAUGGCACUUCAGGAGCUUAACAGAUGUCCAUUCAGAGUGGUUGAUGAAAUUAAUCAGGGUAUGGACCCAAUUAAUGAACGGAGGGUGUUUGAAAUGGUUGUGAACACCGCCUGUAAAGAGAACACAUCGCAGUACUUCUUCAUCACACCGAAGCUUCUACAGAAUCUGCCUUAUUCUGAAAAGAUGACGGUAUUGUUUGUCUACAAUGGUCCUCAUAUGCUGGAACCAAACCGAUGGAAUUUAAAGGCUUUUCAAAGGCGGCGGCGAAGGAUCACAUUUACUCAACCUUCUCAGUGAAAGGAAAGGGAGGGGCCUGCCGAGGUUUUCAUUUAACUGUUUAUACCUGUCGCUCAAGUGAAUAAAAGUUAGCAGAUUUAUUGAAAGAGAAAGAUUGGUUAUUUUUGGAAGCCUGCUUUUAAAAACAAAUAGGUUAAUGAAGCGGAGACCAUAGUGACUCUGGACCAUUUCUAGUGAAAACUAAGUCUUCAGUUUUGGUGGACCUUGUCUCAUUAGUCCUCUGUGAGCAUUGUUGUGUGAAGCUUUGUGCUGCCUCAGGUGUGGUGGCACACAUCUAGUCCAGCAUUUAGGAGACGGAGGCAGAAAGAUCAUGAGUUUGAGUGGUUUCAUGUGUCUUAACAGAAAAAGCUAUUUCCGGUUGCAAAUCAGAGGUACGGCAGAAUGGGGUUUCAUUCACAGAGCGUUUACAAACAAUAGCCGCCCUGAGUGCUGAUUGCAGAACAUCCUGACUCUUAGUGCUUAAAGGUAACUCAGAAUUAGAAAUCCCAUUUGCCUUCAGUAUUGUAUUUAGUUUUUAAAAACUAGUAUGAGAAUGUCUGCUUAGUAGAUAGUGAUUUAUGGCAGAUCUGUUCAUUUCUUUGUGUUUAGAAGAAGGGUUCCCUUAUUUUCAUAGAAAAUAUGUUAUCGUAGAAAAUUGAUGCUAUAAUUUUAUUGUUAUUUCAAAGAAUUGGGAAGACAUAUACACGUGAGGCUUCAAAAUGACAGGAGGACUUUGAGAGGUCACAAGGUAAAGAUGAUACAGAAUGUGGCCCAAACAUUGGCAGAGUGAAAUCAGGUGACAGGAGUUAAAGUAUAAUUGUUGUGUGUGUUUGUCGGGGGUGGGUUCUUUGUUUGUUUGUUUAAUUUAAAGUCAAAUGUAUUUUACAUCUUAAAUUUCUACAAAGGCAUUUUUAUAAUUUUAGUAAGAUUUUUCUUAAGAUUUCAUAUAUGAGAUUUUACAAUUUGUAUUUGAAAUUUCUCAGUGCUAUGUAAAGAGUGAAGGCAAAGAAUUGAUUGGUUUCAAAUCAUAAUAUUUUUAGAAUUUGUAUGUCCUUCCUUCUACCCAGUAUUUUAGAAAACUCUCAUCUAAAUUGUUUUCUUCCAGCUUGAAAAUAUUAAUUGAAAACCAUUUAUUUUUCUCUGAGAAUGCUAAUUAACAAUGCCAAACAAAUUCUGUUUGUUUGUUUUUUUUUUAAACAAAUCUUGAAAGAAAGUAGAAAUGUCUUUGAAUAGUGGACUGAACUGUAUCCUUGCUGGUACUGACAAAAUUAUUUUUGUGACUAGCUAGCCUGAAUAAAGUUUGGGCUUUGUAUAUUAUUGUAAUAGCCAAUGAGAUUUGCAUUCUUAUUAGGUCAAAAAAUAGUGAAACAUGAGUUUAUGUCUGCUCACUUAGACAUUUUCUCUUUUAGAAGUUGUAUUUCUUUUUAACACUUGUAAAAGAACCCUUCCCUCUUAAACUACAUCUCAUACAUGUAGUAUAAAGAUAUUUUUAAUAACAUUUUUAUCAGCAUGAACAAGUCAAAAAAUUAAAAACUAGGUAGGAUAGUAGUGAAGGGUGUUUCUAAACAUUUGUGUCGUUGCUUGGAUUUCUGACAUAAUUAAUAUCUUCACUGAUAUAUGCUUAAUAUAGUUUGGUUUUAUCAUGUCAAUGUGAAACAAAAACAAACCGUACUUAAAACUCAACAUCAGCAAUCCCAUUUCAGUUUACAUAUGUCAAAAAUGAUUCUAUAUCAUGCUUAUAAACUUUCAGAGAGCAAAAUUAAUGUUCGUUUUAUAUUGACUUUGGGCUGGGAAGGAUAAAUUAUGUAUCAUUUAUUAUAUUAAAAAUAGUCAUACUAUAAUGUCAUUUUCUGCAACUGUUGAUUUUUAAGAUUAUAUUAUAAUUGUAAAAAUUCCAAGUAAAAGCUUGAUUUGAUAAAUAAAAUAUUUAAAACCUGACAGUUACAAAUAUUUGUAAUGACGAAAUGUUUACAUUGAUUUGCCCAAGGUCAGUCUCUGUUAGAAGGUUUCUCAUUUUCAAAAAAAGGUUGUUUUGUUUUUUGUAAGGUUUAUUUAUUUUAUGUGAGUCGGUUUUUUCUGCAUGUAUGUAUUAUACCCGGUGCUUGUUAAGGCCAGAAGAGAGCAUCAGAUCCCCUAGGAGUAGAGGUAAAGGUAGUCGUGAGCUGCUGUAUUGAGUGUUGGGUAUAGAAGCUGGGUCCUGUGGAAGAGCAGCCAGGAGGUUUAACCACUGAGCCAUCUCUCCAGUCCCAAAAAGAGAUUUCUUGCUGCUUUCCCAUAGCCUUGGACAUAAGUCUAUAGCACAGGAGGGGCAUCACUUCACUCUGGUUUGUGUAAAUGUAAUUGAUUAAAACUAUGUUGUAAAUGCUACUUCAUUGGUAAUAAAUAAUAUAUUUUCCCAUUGGUAUAGGUUAUUUAAGAUGAGAGUAUUUUAAUACUUUAAAUUUUCUUAAAAGUCUUUUUUUUUAUCUCUCUUUUUUUUUUUUUUUUAAAGAUUUAUUCAUUUAUUAUAUAUAAGUACACUGUAGUUGUCUUCAGAUACACCAGAAGAGGGCACCGGAUCUCUUUACAGAUGGUUGUGAGCCACCAUGUGGUUGCUGGGAAUUGAACUCAUGACCUCUGGAAGAGCAGUCGGGUGCUCUUAACCGCUGAGCCAUCUCUCCAGCCCAAAAGUCAUUUUUUAUUUUCAGGAUU